AUGCUCGACCGCAUUUGGUCCCUGAUGCACAUCGGUAUCGAGAUCAUCUUUGUGUUCGAUGGUGAAGGACGGCCAGAUGUCAAGCGCGACAAGAAGACCGAGGAUUCUACAGGACGAAGGGCCAGGGAAGAGAACAGCGGUUUUUUUAAGGAGACCUUGACGAAACUUCACAUACCCUGGCGUCAGGCUCCUGGCGAAGCCGAGGCUGAAUGCGCUGCCCUACAGAGGCUAGGCCUAGUGGAUGCGGUAUGGUCGGAGGACUCGGAUACCCUUAUGUUUGGGUGCGAUGUCCUUGUCAAAAAUCUCCUCAAAAGCAAUGGACAAAAGAGCAAGGACGAAGCAAAAGUCUACCGGCUGAGAGAUAUCGAACAGAAGACGGGUAUUUCGGCGAAUGGUAUCGUUUUGUAUGCCAUGAUGGCGGGGUGCGACUACACCAAAGGCCUGCACGGCUGUGGUACAGCUGUUGGUCGAGAGUUGGCUACAAAGAAGAUACUUGUGGAACAGUUUUCAGCAACAUCGGCCGAUGCGGGUGAAAGCAGCUGGAAUGCGUGGCGAAGGCGACUUGAGGCCCAAUGGGGCAUUCUCGACCCAAAGCUGCGAUCUCAGUUCGACAAAGGCAAAUCAAACAUCAGCCAGUUUCCGAAUUUUCAAGCGUUGCGAUAUUGCCGGAAUCCCAAAGUUUCCAGCGACAACGAACUAAGCAACUUAGACUGCAUACACGGGGACUGGUACAAACGCUAUUCCACAGAGAGCUUGCGCACGACCAUACCGUACAUGAGAGACAGAUUUCACUACAACAAGCCAUCAAAAUGGUGGUUUCGUCACCUGGCGCCCGUUGCAUUGAACCAGAGGUUGUUGGCCCAAGAACCCGGCGCUCGCGAUCUCGUCAAGAAUGUGAAGCAGAAAAGUCAGGUCACUAGCGUUGUCGACAUUGACCCACGCCAGAUAUUUCCAGGCAUUGAGGAAGCUAUAUGCCCUCAGGGAAUGCCUGUGCUUAACGGGGUUUCGACUGGAAAAGAAGCUGACCGCGACAUCGUGGAGAAGCCUAUUGAAAGUGUCCAGUCUGUGAUGCUGGACGCGGUUCUCAGCUGGGGAAUGUCCGACGAGGAAUUCUUCGAAUGGCGGAAGGGCCCAGAGAAAGCGUCAGCCGGAAAUGGCAAACCCGCUUCUAAGAGAAGCAGCGCGGGCGAAAGAGGAAGGCAGAAGAUUCUCCUCGAGUAA